AUGGAUGGUUAAUUUUAAUUAAAAUAAACUGACUUAUCUUUAAUUCUUUAAUCAAGAAUAAUAAUUAUAUUACUGCAUUAAGUUAAAAUUAGACAGAAAAUUAUGUAGUAUUAUAAGAUUAAAUUAGUAUUAGGGAAGGAAGAGAUUAAGACAAGUAAGAAUUCAAAAGUGUAGUUAUAAUUGAUGAAAUUUAUAAAAUUGAGGGUAUAAAUAUUUUAUUAUAAUUAGUAUUUAAUAAUGCAUUGAAUUAUAGGUAUCACCUUUUUCAUCUAUAAACAAUGAAUUUAAGAAUAAGGGAAAAGGUUAGGUUUGUUGCAAAGAAAUAAUUUAUUUGGCUAAUUGGUGAUCUAGAAGUAGACAGGCUUUGUAUUUUAAUUAUAAGAUGGAAUCUUUGA